AUGCCAAAAGUAACUGAUAUUGAUCCAAAUUUGAAACAACAGAAAAUACAUGAUACAGAAUCUGAUCUGAUGACAAUACUUCAAUUACCUCUAUAUAUACCACCAAGUAUCUCUACGAAUUCAACUAAUCAAAUUAUGUCAUCGUCGUCAUUAUUGCUGUCAUUGUAG